AUGGAACCACUGCCACUACCCACCAGUCUGGCGGAGGUGGAACAGUUGAUUGUAGCUCUCUAUCAGCCGAAUCCCCCUGAGACCGUCUCACGUAUCCAGGAGGUUCUCCAGAGGCUACAAAAGUCCCCUGAGGGCUGGCAACUUGCCCAGAGUUUGAUUGGAAACCCGAAUGACAACAUCAAAUUCUAUGCGGCCUUGACCAUCAUUGUCAAGCUUAACAAAGACAGUUCCAACCUCACCGACGAUGAGGCAAAAGAGCUGCUCCAAAAUAUCCUUGGUUGGACAAUAACGUCGUGUGCCGAAGGUGUUGCUCCAUUUGUUAUCAAAAAGUUGUGCAUUGCUCUCGUCACAUUCUUCAUCCACUUUUCUCAGCUAUGGCCCAACUGCCUUCGGCAUUUUCUUUACAGCCUCGAUCUCGGGCGGGCUACCCCCAUUGAGGCUUUGGACAACGCUCUGGACACCACUAUCAUUGUCAACAGUCUCGAGAUUUCCAAACUCAAGGUCGCCAUCUGGUUCGCCACCUCCCUUGUCGAAGAAGUCGGAAAGACGGAUAUGAACUCGAUAAAGUACGUCCACGUACACGAGCGUCUCGUCCGGAAUGCCCACGACUUGGCUUCAUUGUUAGCACGCGGAUUCCUCCCAUCAGAUGACACCUACCAGGUCCAGGGCGAGUCGCUUGUGUGUUUCCAGGCUUGGAUCCUCUACGCUCAACGACUGUCCUCCAACACCGAUGUUCUAGUGACACAUUUACGGGAACUUGUCAGUCCGGCUCUCAACUGCUUCGCCAUCGACGGCCUCUUCCAGCCGGCCUCCGAACUCUUCAGUGACGUACUCAGCAAUUAUUCGGGAUUCUUCACAGAAGCACACUAUGCGGCGUUGGCCUCCCUGUUCGACAGCGAAUGGGCGGCAGGGCACUACGACAGGGUCAUUCACGGCGAUCAUGAGAUUGAGGGUAUUUCUUUUGGCCUUCUCAUGCUUGCGUAUGGUGACGCCAAGGUUUCAGAUCUCAUGUGUAGCACAGACGAGCGAUCCCAGAGGUUUCUGGGGAGAUUAGCUGGUCUUCUCGCUGCUGAUGGCUAUCUGGUGGGCGAAGAUUCGAUAUUCGUCCCUGCCCUGGAGUUCUGGGCCACGUUUGUCGAAACCAUGAUCGACAAUAUCUACUCAGAAGAGGAAGCAAACGUAAACGUCUGGCGCCCGCACGCUGAACAACACCUCAAGAGUGUCGUGUCCAACUGCUGGAGGAAGGCACAAUGGCCGCCUGCAGAGACUUUCGCCGAGUGGGAUUCUAAUGAGCGUGUCGGCUUCACGGAUGCGAGAAAAGACAUAGCUGAUAUGCUACAGUCCAUCUUCACUCUCGAGAAUCUCACUCUAGUCUCAUUCUUCUCUGGUCUUUUCCUCCAGGCCCUCUCUGUACAGUCGUGGGCUGAAGUUGAGGCAUCAGCAUUCUGUCUCGGAUCUUUGUCCGACUGUAUCACGGAAGACCCCCAAUAUGACGUGGAGUUAAGCAAGGUCUUUGCUUCACCCUUCUUCGAUCUUCUUGGUCAGGCCCAAGGUCCGGUCCCGCUACGUCUGCGCCAAACGGGUCUUCUGCUCAUUGAACGGUACUGUGAGUACUUUGAGCGGCAUUCCGAGUAUCUCCCGCAUGCGCUCAACCUGCUAUUUGCGGCUGUGGGCGAUCCUGUUCUUGGUGGACCUUCUGCCAAAUCCAUCUCAACUCUCUGCUCAUCGUGUCGCUGCAUUCUUACGGGCGAAGCACCGGCAUUUAUCAUGCACUACCAAACUAUCCGUAGCAGACAAGUUCUCGACUCUCUGGCGGAGGAGCGUAUCAUCCUUGCCAUCGCCUCCAUCAUCCAGGCUAUUCCGGAUUCGAACCAGAAGCUGGCUGUCUUUGAGAACCUCUACUCGAUCAUCAAAGCAGACUGCGAGCGUGCUGUUCAGCUCAAACAGCAGCCCAGUAUGUUGAACCUUUCCGACCCCAACUUCUUGCGCGGUGUCGAACAACCGGGCGACGUUCCUUCUGCCGACGAAGUCUCUCAUCAACUCGCCGUCCGCGCUCUCCGAUCUCUCCAAAGCAUGGCCAAGGGUAUGCAGGAUGUCAAGGAGCAUGUGGUUGACAUUGAUGCCGAUCCUUCUUCUGCCAACCAGGACCCGAAACUUUCCGCUAUCCAGUCCGAUAUCCUCAACGUCUUGCUCGAGAUGCAGAGAACUUUCAACACCAGCGGGGAGGUCGUAGAGAUCAUUUGCAUCAUCUUCCGAGCGGGGUUUUCAGAGACUGAGUCGGGCCCAUUCGUGUUCCCUCCUGAAGUCGUGACAAACUUCUUCAGUCAACAAAGAUUCGAAACCCCUAGACUGGGAGCUUUGCUGAGCACGGCAUGCUCUUUUGUCGGAAGUCUGUACAGAGGACCGAAAAACCUGGUUCCGUCCUUACUGGCAGAGUUACUACCUUGGGUAAUCCAGAUGCUCAGCAGUCUCCCGGAACCAGAAAGCGACACGGAAGUGGCGCAGAACGGCAUUUGCUUCGUGGAUAAGAUCAUGACAAGGUAUCCCGAGGUGGUGUUCCACGUUCAGCCGCCACAGAUGCUCGAGUACUUUUUCAUGUUCUCGCUCAGGGUCCUGAAUGGGAGGGAGCCGCUGCCCAAGACAGCGUCGGCGGAGUUUUGGAGUAACUUCAUUACCCUCAAGUCCGAGUCCCCCGAUCUCCAAGGAACCAUCAACAAUGCUAUGGAACACCUCGGCCCGCUCAUAUCACAGACUCUCAUCCAGAAUAUCGGUGGUAACGCUGCGAGAAGCGAGCUAGACAAGCUGAGCGACCCUCUCAAGAAGCUUGUGACGAGCCAGAUGCGUUCAAGGCAAUGGCUCGAACAGGCGCUCUUCGACCAAAAUUUCCCCAGUUCGCAGGUAGGCAAUGAAGAGAAGUCUACUUUCCUCAAGAAGAUCAUUGGACUGAGAGGGGCGAGGAAUACCAACCAGGUGGUGAGGGAGUUCUGGCUGGCUUGCAGAGGCUCCAACUUUUCUUAUGCUUCCUAG